AUGACACGGGCUGAACAGGCGCACGUACUGACAGGCAUGUGGAUGUUGGUGUCAUUGCUUCUUAGCUUUGACCAUGCCCAUGCAUGCUUUAUCCACUCCGACUCGGACCAGGAAGACGCGGAUCAGGUGCUGUCUCAUGCUGUCUUACUGACCACCAACAACCUCCCUCCGGAUCCUGUGGCCAUGUCGGCCAUGGUCAUGGAGCAUCUACGCCAUCAACUCCCCCUUCGCUCACUCAGCAUGCUGCUGGGCACGGUGCGCCUUCAAGUGGAAGCCCUACAACCCGUGCUGGAGCCCGCACACGCAUUGCCCGGAGAAUGCGCAAGCGACUACAAGGCGGGAGCCACUCGGCGCAGCAAAGGCCGUUUACCCGAAUGCUUUGUCGGGCAUGGCAGUGAUGCCUUGCACAAGGGCAAUUGGACCCUCUUUGCCAUUGAGCGGUGCCGCUUCGUGGACGUGUCCGUGAUGUUUGGCCAGCCUUGGCUACUUUUGCCCACCUCCGACGUCAACUUGAAUUUUGAGGACAUGGAUGAGCAGCAUCAUCUAUUUUGCGCCCUGGCCGCGCAGCUGGACCGGGAGGACGAGUAUCUGAUCCUGGCAAGUCAGCAUGAUGACCGAGCGCCUCGUGCGCUGUACGUAUUGGCUGGUGUGGUGGACGAUGGCAUGCAUCAGCUCCUGCUCAAGGCCGUUGCAGGACAGGAGCUCGUGCUCUCCAGUGCACAUGCUGGUGCCAGUGUACAAGACUUGGCCUUCACUGCCACCCAUCGCGUCGACGAUGCCUUGGCACGGCUUCGAGUGCGCAAGAUCUUCAACCCCCUGCUCCAUCCAUUAAACCUGACGGCACAGAUUCAAGUCGCAGCCAUGCGUCAGACUGAUCGAGGUCUUUCCAGCAAGCGCCCUGUAUCAGCCACAAUCUCUGCCACGGCAGCCACCCCUGCUGCCGGCUCAAGCAAGCGUGCUGUACGUGGCAGCCGAUCAGCGCGCAAAACGCGCUUGGAGCUGAUCUCAGAAUCGCCCGCUGAGUAG